AUGCGGGGCCACCCGGACCUCGCCUGCCUGGCGCACUCGACGGGGCUCCCGGUCGUUUUGGACGUUUCCGCGCCAGGCCUUUUCCCCCCGGCGAGUUUUCUGCUGCGCCUUUGCCUUCCAUCCCGGCUGGGGAGAGGGUCCCGCUUCCCUCGCCCUCUUUCUCCCCGGUCCGCCGAUCCUGCCUGCCGGGGCCGGAGACCCCACGGCUGUGGCGUCCAGCCGGGCCCGAAGGCUGGCAGGGUGGGGUCGGGGUCCGACCGCCCGGCGCUCCGGAGCCGCUCUCCGGCGUCGGGCAGCUGGGGGAACCGAGGGGCGCGCCGGGGUCGUGGCCUCCUGCUGGCCCAGAAAUGUGGACCCGGGGCCGACCCGCCCGGGCCCCUCGGGAAGGACCCCCGACCCGACCGAUGCCUUCGAAAACUGAAGGGCUGGAGGAAGAGAGGCGCUGGCGGUGGGAAGGGCGCUGCUUGGCGUGUGCCUGCUCGGCCCGGCCCCCACCUCUCCCGCCGGGAGGGGGCGUGCGAUGCGAUCGGCGGAGAUACCGGGGGGCCGGGCCCCCUCCUCCUCCUUCCUUCGCCCGCCUGCGAGGGAAAGCCCCUCUAUAAGGGCGGGCGGGCGGGCGGGAAGGCGGCCAGAGCGGCGAUGAGAGGCGCCCCGGCCUCGCCCACCCUGGCGGCAGGUCGCGGUCGCCGGGGCUCCUCUGACGGCGGCCUCUCUCUCUGUGCCCUCCUUGCAGGCGGCGGCGGCGAGGGCGGCGCGAUGCUGGACGCCUCGGAGCCGUCGGGCCACUCGCGGCAGCUGCUGCUGCAGCUCAACGUGCAGCGGACCAAGGGCUUCCUCUGCGACGUGAUCGUGGUGGUGCAGAACGCGCUCUUCCGGGCCCACAAGAACGUGCUGGCGGCCAGCAGCGCCUACCUGAAGGCCCUGGUGGUGCACGACAACCUCAUCAACCUGGACCAGGAGAUGGUCAGCCCGGCCGUCUUCCGCGCCGUCCUCGAUUUCAUCUACACCGGCCGCCUGGGCGAGGCGGAGGGCGAGGCGGGCGGCGGCGUCGAGCCCAGCCUGGGGGCCGUGCUGGCCGCCGCCAGCUACCUGCAGAUCCCCGACCUGGUGGCCCUCUGCAAGAAGAAGCUGAAGCGCUCGGGGAAGUACUGCCAGUUCCGAGGGGGCUUCCCCCACCUGGGCAAGCUGCCGCGGGGCCUGCGCGCCGCCACGCCGGUCAUCCAGAGCUGCUACUCGGCGCCGCCGCCCCCGGCCCCGCCGCCGCCGCCGCCGCCCCGCCCCGUCGAGCCGGGCAACCCGCUCAGCACCCACUGCGGGGAGCUGUACGCCGCCGCCUCCGGGCAGGGCGGCGCGGCGCUCCACCCGCACGGCCUGUGCCCCCCCGAGCGCCUCUGCUCGCCCCUCUGCGGCCUGGACCUGUCCAAGAAGAGCCCCAACGGGCCUGCCCUGCCGCCGCCCGCCCCCUCGGAGGGCCGCCUGCGGGAGAGCCGGGAGAACUCGCUGCCCCCCGGGGGGCCCGACAGCCCGGUUCUGCUGCCCGCCCACCCCUCUUUCGGAGAGCCGCCCUCCUACCGCGGCAGCCCGGGGCCGGAGCCGUCGGGGCGCGGGGAGGCGCCGCCGCCGCCCGAGUUCCUCUACCGUUGGAUGAAGCACGAGCCCCUGGUGGGGGGUUACGUGGAGGACGAAGACGACGACGAGGAGGAAGGGGACUGCCGGGGCCGGCGGGACAAGGGCGGCGGGGCGCCGGGGGAGCUGGAGCGCAAGGCCGAGUCGCCCUCGCAGCGCCGCUACGCCGGCCUGGACGGCGCGGAGCCCGACGGCGAGGCGGAGGACAUGGAGAACGACAAGAGCACCAGCGAGGAGACGGGCUGCAGCAGCGGCGGCCCGUCCCCGGCGGCCGGCAGCCUGGAGCGCUACCUGGGCUACGAGCCGGAGAGCUUCGGCGGCGACAACCUGUACGUCUGCAUCCCGUGCGGGAAGGGCUUCCCGUCGUCGGAGCAGCUCAACGCGCACGUCGAGGCGCACAACGAGGAGGACGAGCUGUACCGCAAGGAGGCGGCCGAGGCGGCCGGCCAGGGCUCGCCCUUCCUGGACAAGCCCCUGGGCGCGCCGCCGCUGCUGCCGUCGGGGGCCGCGGGCGGCGGCGACCUGCUGCGCCCCUACCGCUGCUCGUCGUGCGAGAAGGCCUACAAGGACCCGGCCACCCUGCGGCAGCACGAGAAGACCCACUGGCUGACGCGGCCCUACCCCUGCUCCAUCUGCGGCAAGAAGUUCACCCAGCGGGGCACCAUGACCCGCCACAUGCGCAGCCACCUGGGCCUCAAGCCCUUCGCCUGCGACGCCUGCGGCAUGCGCUUCACCCGCCAGUACCGCCUCACCGAGCACAUGCGCAUCCACUCCGGGGAGAAGCCCUACGAGUGCCAGGUGUGCGGCGGCAAGUUCGCCCAGCAGCGCAACCUGCUCAGCCACAUGAAGAUGCACGCGGCGGCGGCGGCGGCGGCGGCGGCGGCCGCCUCGACGGGCCCCGACGGCAAGCUCAAGCUGGACUUCCCCGACGGCGUGCUGGCCAUGGCCCGCCUGGCCCAGCAGCAGCACCCGGACAAGGACCUGCUGGCCUCCCACUUCUUGGCCGCCGCCGACCCCAAGAUGGCCAUGGAGAGCCUCUACCUCGGCCUCAGCCCCGACAAGGCGGCCGAGGUGCUGGCCCAGGGGGCGGCCGCCGCCGCUGCCGCCGCCGCCGCCCACCUGCACAACGACCACCACGCCCGGACCAUAGACCGCUUCUCCCCGCCCUGA